CCAAUUCAAAUGUAUAUGAAAGUAAUUUAUCAACCCUAAUCCAUAAAUCCAAAAUCUAACAUGGUUCUUUGUAUGCUUUGAUCUAUCUCAGUGGAUGCCCUAUAAGACAGUUGAGGACUCUUCUCAUAUGAGCUGACGAAAGCAUUGCAUAAACACAGGUUAGGUGAGUUCCAUGAAUUUCGCCUCAAGCGAUAGCAACAUGGGCAGUUACUGUAGCUAAAUUUGGUAGUUUACUCGGCACUACAACAGUUCGGGAGUGUCUCUCACUGCUCUGACAUCCAUCUUAUGGACAUUUAAGGACACUAUAUAGUUGUGUGUGUGUUUAUGAAGGGUUAAUGCUGCACUGGAUGGAACUUCAAAGGUUGACUCGUAAAAGGUAUAACUGUGACAGCCACCAAGACAAUGAGCCACCAUCAAAAGCAUGGAAAUGUUUGUUGGACACAGUUGUAACACAAAGGCCCAAUUUUGGUGAUCCAAGUACUCCCCAGGACUACAGUGCAAAAAACUUGGGUGAAAUUGGGGACAUUACUCAGUUGAUUUCUGUCUGGUCUGACACACAGAGCACUGGGAAGCGAGUCCUACUUCAUCUCCAGUCCAACGAAACCAUUGAGGACAUUUUGCUCAACAAUUCGGUCAAUAACAAAUUUCUGGCUUUUCACCGCGAUAUCACAGAAGAAUGUGGUGCCGCAGAUAAGCAGUAUUCAUGGGCUGUUAUUGAGAAAAGAGAAGAAGUUUUUAUGUAUGGACCCUAUUAUCCUAAUUAUAACAAGGGAAAGCAUAGUGAAGACAUCAUCAUUAGACAAACUGAAGAAUUGCUCGAAUCAAAUGAGGCAGAUGAAGACUGGAUAGUCUAUGUAUUUACAAAGAACAGUCCAUGUCUUUCCAGAAAUGCAAAACCUCCAUGUAUGCUCAAAUUGGUCCAGAAAGCCAAAGAAUGGUGGCUGAGGUUUAGAGUAAAAACCAAUAUUGGAUAUAGCAAGUGCUGGGGUUUUAAAGGGAAGAAAGAAACUAUAUUUAGAGUUGUCAGUUACAGUGAAGUGGAAGCCGUGAACAAAAGUGAAAACUAUGAUGAAUACAUAUCUCAAAAACUGACUGGAGUAAAUAUUAUGUGAAAAUGUGUAUACACUGCUCAGAAAUCUCCUCAGAUGUGGACCAUUCAUUUUUGAUUUAUCGCUACAAGGCCCUGAGUGGAAGAGUUACUUCAAAGGAAUGCAAAUAAUUCCAGAAAUUGCACAAGAAAAUGAGAAAGAAUUCCUGAAACUUGAAAUAAACCGGAUGACUGAAGAGGUGAAGUCUCUCUCUACAGAGACAUGUAUGAGUGCAGAGGAACAUUCAAAGAGAGGACAAGAGUUUGCACUGGAUUAUAAAUUUGAUUUGCAAAUAACCAAAGGCACAACGGAUGAACUGAGACUAGCAUUUCAAAAGUGUUGGAAGGAAAUGAUACAGGACAAAUAUGCAGAAAUACUAAGGGACAUACUGACAAAAGAUUUCAACAAAUGUACCAAUCAUCUUUUCAUCAAAGACUUUGUAAAGGUGACCUCUUCAUUUUUGCACAUUGGAAGAAUUGAUUGUACAGAUGAGAAACAGCACAUUAAUUAACAAAAGUUUAUAUUUGACUUUAUAACAUUGAGCCUCAGCAGUGUAGUUACAUUCUCACUCUUUAUCUAUUACUGAGACACUGCUGUUAGAUCUGUCACGAUAAUUACUAUAUCUGCUUAUCAUUCAAUAGAGGAACAAUAAGCAGUAUUUUGGGGUUCAGUAUGUAUUAUGGGUACUUUGUCUUUGCAAUAGUGGAGAGUUUUUUUUGCCAUUUUAUGUAAUAAUUUAAGAUUUGAGCUGUAGAGCAAGCUGUAGGCUUUUUAAUGAUACGGUCUAUUUCAAAAUUGGCUUACUGGCAUUAUCUUGCUUUGUGUCACUGACAUAAAGUAGAAUCAGAAGUAGAAUCAGCAGAAUUCAGAAUUAUUGU